AUGCGGUGCUCUCUCUUCCGAGGCGCUACCACCGCGUCAAGAAAUCUGGGGCUCUCCCGAAGAAGUUUGCUAUCCGGCACUCGCCCGCUCCGUCCCUUCAAGGUGGAGCGCCACCCUGGCUGGGACACGGCGCCAUUCCUCUUGUCUUGUGCGGAUUGCGAGCCGCUGCAGCUGCAGGAGUUGCUCUCAAUGGCGGAAGCGGAGUCCGAGGCGCACGCGGUCAAAAGCUUGGAUUUGUGGGAGAAUCUGAAUCUCGGGUACACGUAUCAGCAAGGGCUGCCUUUAUUGCGAGAGGAGAUUCUGGGAUCGGAGUUCUUGACAGACGGCGGCUCAGAACCUGCGGCCAGGGGCUCGAUGUCACCCGACGAUAUCACCGUGGCCGCCCCGGCUGAGGGCAUUUGGCUCGCCAUGACAGCGCUUUUUGAAUAUUUCCAGUUGACGAACAACGGUGCUGCAAAUCCUGCGAUACAUGUAAUCGCCACAGCUCCAUCGUAUCAAUCUCUAACGGAAAUGGCGUAUGCAUUGAGGCCUAUUUGCAAACUUUCUUUAUGGAAGCCCGAGAAGAGUAGCUUGGAUAAUGAGCCGAGAUUUUCAGUAGACGAGCUGGAGAGACUGCUUGCUGGCACCAGUCCUGAACGAGAGGAUGGAAGUCCAGAGUCUACGACUUGCUCAACCGCAGCCUUCCAGCUCCUCGUCAUGAACUUCCCCCACAACCCCACAGGCGCCCUUCUGUCUAGAGCCGACCUCGACAGGGUCAUAAGCAUGUGCCGGGAGCACAGAGCCUUCAUCUCGGGUGCUGCCAGACGUGGCCCUGGAGCACGGGCUGCCGCUGGGCCCCGGCGCGGGGCCCCCGGCAGGGGCCCGGAGCGCGCCGGCCGGCGGCCCAUUCGACGAGGCGGCGUGGCGUGCCCGGCGUCUGCCCGCCGCGGCCGCCGUGUACGAGAGGGGGAUCUCCCUCGGAGGGCGAUUCAGAAGCGCGUCCACGAGCUGAAGGAUUACACCACGAUCUGUCCGAGCGCGCCCUCAGAGGUCUUGGCAUUGAUGGGAUUGCGAGCCGGAGGGAAGAUCGCCGGGCGGAACCUGGGCAUCAUCGGAAACAACUUGGAGACAAUGGAAAGGUGCUUCGGCGGUGGCUCCUCGACGGGAAAGUUCGUGUGGGCAAGACCGACAGCGGGGAGUUUUGCCUUCCCGAGACUCGUGGGAUCCAGCUCUGGCUCAGACGGCGACUCGGCAGCCGCGUCCGACACAGACAGGUACUGUGCCGACCUGGAGCGAAACCACGGAAUCAUGUUGCUUCCAAGCAGCUAUUUUGAUGAAGAUGUACGGGACAGGUUUCGUAUCACAUUUGGGAGGAAGGACACGGCCGACAUACUGGAGAAACAUUGGGCCUUGUUUUAG